AUGGAGCAACAAAUCGAGGGAGAACCUCAAAAAACUAUCCAUACUGCUUCUGCAGUGAUUCUCAACUUACUACCAGUCUUGUGGAUGGCUCCCUCCAAAGGCAGCGGCUGCAUCAAAAUGAAGGCCACAGUUGUCGAAUCGGUGGACACGUGGUUCAGUGAAGAAGGCCAGCUCACGAAAGUGUUGUGCGAAGAAUCUCAUGACACAGAAGACACUCAACCUAGGAUUCUUAAGCAGUGCUGUACUUGUGACGAAGCCAAAUACGAGGUAUAUACUGCCAGUAGCACAUCUACAAUUAAGUUCUUGGGGGAUGCAGCACCCAUACAUACCCUGAAACUAUUGGAUUCUGUUCAAAAAAGGGCAAUUCGUCACGUGAGUGAUGCCUCGCUCACAAACUCACUCACUUCCCUGGAACACCGUAGAAGAGUUGGCGAUCUGUCUCUAUUUCAUAGAUAUUCUCAUGGACGAUGCUCUUCUGAAAUAUCAACAAUUAUUGUUCCUCCCUUGGCAGUCCCCGCGAGAUCAACUUGUCGAGUUGAGGCUUCGCACCCCUUCGUGGUCACUUUGGAGACCUGCAGAACAUCUCUUUUCGAAUACUUGCUCAUCCAACGAACAGCGAGACUCUGGAACACAUUACCAGGAGAGGUGUUUUCCGAGGCAUAUAACCUCCAGAAAUAUCAUCUUCGAGGGCCUGUGGUCGAGGAACACCCACCCCAAGGACUUCCCGACGACGGGUCGGCCGACGCGCUUCAGCGACAUCAUCGGCGCUUCGCACACCGGCGAUUACACCUUCUGGAGUUACGGCGACGCGGCCAGCGAGGGGCUGCGCCAGCUGGCAGAGCAUGGAAACACCAGGAUGCUCGAGAGCGCAAGUCUGCCUGGUCGGUCUGGGGGACUUAUGUGGGGGCAAGCGGGGAAAGUCGAGUUUUGGAGGUAAUCGACGUCAUUAGUACAGUCACGAAAUUUCGUGCACAUAAACACUCAGUGCCAAAAAAUAGAACUGGCAGAUGGUCAGAGCUCAGCUCGUCUAUCACCUUAAUGUCUGAGAUGUCCAACACGUUUUUGGACAGCACUAUGUCCAGGACUAGUGAUCACAUCCGAACGAUAAUCAAAGCUCGCGGCAUCAGCCACCCCAACAUCACAGGCAAGACGUUCGCGGUCUUCCGUGUGGACAACCGACACCACCUCGUGUCGUUGGUGUCGAUGAUAGAUCCUUCUCCAGACUGGAUCGUCGGAGUUUCCAGCCUCGAGCUGUGCCUGCGCAACUGCUCCUGGAUCGAGGCCAAGGUGGUCAACUUGUAUCCGUGGGAUGUGGGAACGGACGAUGGAAUCACUUAUUUGUCGCCGAAUCAACCGUCCUCCCCUAGGCUGCCAAUCCGACGCGUCAAGACCAACGUUCCGAAUGACUCAAGGUCGCCUUUCUAUGACGUCACCAACACGCCUAUGAAGCCGUUCGCGAGGCUCACGCUGACCAGGCAGCGCUUGUACGAGAAGAGCUGUGACGCGAAUCCGAAGGAAGAGACUGAAGAUGACGCGGCUUGCGAAACGGAGGCCUGGUCGAGUUGGUCGCCCUGUUCUGUCACUUGCGGUAGAGGAAUCAAGUACAAGCAGCGGAGGCCUUCUUUCUCUUACACCACCGUAUGUUUUGAACGAAAAUACUGGAACCAACUGAACCAACAUGACUUUGGCAGGUACAAGCACGAGGACAGCAAAUUCUCGUGCCACAAGAAGCUGACCGACAGAUCGAGCUGCGAAGCUGUCCAGAAGUACUGCCCACACAAACUGGCCAGGCAGUUCGAGGACCCCCUCUGCGAGCUGGGACCCUGGUCGGAAUGGUCUAGCUGCAGCGUCACGUGUGGCAAAGGGACAAUGACGAGGGACAGGAAGUACAAGAACCGAUUGGCCGCGAAGACUUGCGCCGCUGGGAAAGCUAAGAGUGGGAUUCUCCAGCAGAAUUUGGAGUGCUGGAUCGAAGGAGAAUGCGAAGAUUCUGAGGAAAGGAUAUCUGAAGACUGCCCAAAGAAACCUUGGAGCGACUGGUCACCAUGUUCGGUGACUUGUGGAAGGGGUUACAAGGAGAGGUACAGACUUUCACUGGACCAUAAAAGCGUAAGAACGAAAUACUGGCCUCUUCACGAUACUUACAAGAGCAAAUCGAUGGAGGAGUUCGACGAAGAUGAUCCUUGCAAUAAUUUCAAAACGAAGGAAACUGUUGAAUGUUACGAGAACGAAUGUCAGGAGAGACAUCACCAAAACGUGUCUAUCAUGGCAUGUGGACUUCCGAAAGAUCCAGGAUCUUGCAAAAGCAACAUGGAUAAAUGGUAUUUCGAUACAUUGAAAGGACGGUGUGAAAUAUUCGCCUACAGUGGUUGUGCAGGCAAUUUGAACAACUUCAAUACUUUAGAGCAAUGCCAAACUUUAUGCUCCAAAUAUCAAAAGGAAAUGCUUGUUAACUCGACGAUUCUGAAGAAAGAGCUAGGGAUAUCAGUUUCUGGUGUGCUGACGUACAAUAUUCAGAAUGACGCAAACGCCCAGCCAUCUUCGACAAACAUGGAAUUGGACGAUGGAGAUGAUUUUCGCCCACAAACUGACACACCGAAAGUUGACUGUGAUGUAUCUAAAUGGAGUAACUGGGGAUCGUGCAUUGUACAAUCUGGUGAUUGUGGAAUAGGGCACAAAGAAAAGUUUAGAGUAAUAUUGAGGCUGCCAAAGAAUGGUGGACAUCCUUGUCCUCAGGUACUGCUCAAACGAAAAAAAUGCAGGAUCUCCUGCAAAGCGCAAACGAAUGAAGCCAGCGACUUCAAAGAUAACAAGAUAGAUACCAGUUGCAUCAUGUCCUCAUGGUUUCCAUGGUCAGCAUGCGGAGAGAAGUGUGAAAUGAAAUAUCAGUACCGGAUCCGCUAUGCAGUAGCAACACCAGGAUCUGAAGAAUACGAGUGUGAGGAUGAAGUACAAAGGAGACGAUGUGAUUGUGGUUGAAUUAUAACUUUUUCAUUGACUUUCAAGGAUGCGUUCGAAUACGAACUCUGUGGAGUAGAGUUUACUCAUUUGCCAUAAAAAUGUGUUAGAUUGUGUAGGUAUAUUGUACUCUGCGACUGUCGUUCGUUAAACUGGAGUUUUUAUUGUCGAGUUAACUAUUGGCAAACGAAGGAUGAAGAAGUUUGUUAUGCUUGUUUCAUGUUAGGUUAGGUCCAUUUGAAACGAAUUUCAUGAUUGUUUUUAUACCCUCAAAGCAGUCAAAUUUGUUAAGUACUUCUUAACAUCAUAUUUUGAUGCAGAAAAACAAAGUGAGACACUGAUGAGUUUAUGUUGUGUGUACUGUUUUGUUCUGAUAACAAAAUAUGCAAUAUUCAAUUCAAUCAUAUAUGUAUACAUUUACGUUUAUUGCAUAUAUGCUUCAUAGUAUAGUAUUUAUAUAUACAAGAUCUUUUAUGAAUUAAACC